UUGUUGUUAUGUCGUCUUGCAUCUUCAUUUUGACUCGGAUUUUAUCUAUCUUUGUUUGUUCUUCGUCAUCUUCUUGGUUUUAUCAAAAGAAAAAUUAACUUGUCCUUGACUUGUUCUUGGAGGACAAAUUUUAAGAAUGGGUCGCCCCACACUGUUUUGGGCAUGUCUCCUGGUCACGGUUCUUGAAGGGGUAACUUUUUGCAGGGGAGACGUCGCUCUGAACGAUGAUAUCAAAAAGGUGACUCACGUUUUGAAACCAGGACAGGAAAAGCAUAUCGAUGAAGAUUACGACUUUCAAAUGUUUUGUCGAAUUGGGGAGAAGAAAUAUGCGGCAUACUAUUUUCGAACGGCGACGUUACGGAUAACGAGCUCGGCUGAGGAUAUCAAACUUAUCAAGGGUCACACCCCGAGGGACGUUUACUUGCAAUACACCCAAAGUACAAAGUGGCUCUUGUGGAUUGCCAACGUUCUUCCGUGGCGAGCUCGAGAUACUCACUUCCCCACAUUUAACACGUCAUGCGUCGGAAUUUCAACGACACGACCGUACACCGCGAUGACCAUUAUUCGACCUGUCGACCCGUGGAAGGUGUUAACAUUGGCGGCUGGGAUUGGGUUGUUCUUCAUGGCGCCUAGGUUAAGUCAUUCGACGCUGUUUUUUUACUCCUCUGGCACCCUGUUGGGCGGAGUAGCAGCCGCGCUGGUUCUACUAUUCAUUUUGCAACGGUUUUUGCCAAAGGGGAAAACUGGAUACCUUCUCAUGAGUGUGGUCUGGAGUAUGGCAUUCUAUUUUGCGGGCGAGACUUGGAAACAAUUCGAAGAAUUAGUGCAUGAGCGUCUUCCGUACAUCGUGGCGUAUUUAUUUACUGGAGCACUCCUCUCGUUUUUGGCAUGUUAUCGCUGGGGGCCACCGCAGCAUCCGAAGACGUUGAAUAUUAUUACGUGGUGUUUGCAGGUCACCGGACUCGUCCUCAUCCACUUUAGCAGCGAUUUCGUUGAAAUGUCGACCGCGAUUAUCCUCCUUAUUAUCGCGUACCAUCAUUGUCACACGUUUUUGAUGUACUACCUCGAGAGAUAUUAUCGCCGCUGGUUUCCCCCUCCACAUCGCCUCCUCUCGGAAGAAGAGUACAUUACUCAGGGCGUAAUAGAGACGCAGAAGGGACUCGCUGAACUGAAGAGUUUCUGUUCCAGUCCGGAAGCAAAACCGUGGCAGUUGGUGGCCCGAUUGAAUAAUCCAAGAAGAUUUUCCAGUUUUAUCGAGGGCGGCUCACAUCUAAAUGACGACGAAUGUCUAGCCUACGACAACGAGGAGCCCCACUAUCUCACCAAUUCUGCACCGAGAGCAGCAAUCUCUUUUUCUAACAUGCCGACCAAUUCGUCCUUUGUUUUUGGUAGGAAUGGAGCAACAAUGAUGACCUCGACCUCGCCUAAUAAUAUGUCAUCCCGUCCUCCUCAAAAUGAAAUGGUAGUCACAGAUGACGAAGAGUCCACAGAAGAACGCGUCGUAGACGAAAGUCUUGAGACUGAUGAUGAUGACUAAGAUAAUUCAAGUCUUUUUUCUUGUAUAUAAUAAUUUACCUGUGGCAGUUUCUCGUUUGUGAUUAUGACUUUAUUUUUCGGAGGGGUUAAAACGUGUCGCAAAACCCGAUCUCGUCUCGUGUACUUUUAUACAUACAUACAUAAACUGGAAGAAGAAGACGAAUUGAACUACAAUUAGUGCUAGGUCAAUGUGUCAGCAUGUUUUCCAUUACCAUUAUUUAUAACCUAUAAAUUAUAAGGCAAGGUCGAGUGUAUUGGUCAGGUAGUCGGUUUCUCUUCCCAAUUAAUCUUAACUGUUUCCACUUCAACCGUAAUUUUAGUAUGAAAUGAAAUGAUGUGUUCAAAACCGACUGAAUUUGUAAGUAGUCUUCUCUUUUUUGCUUCUCAAUGUUUUUACCAGCUUAACAAAUAAUAAUAAUAAUACUUUUUCAGACGAUGUAUUGUAAACCUUGUGCGGAUUUAAUAAUGAAAUGAAUAAAGGUAUGACUAUGUAUUGUACUCGUUAAAAUGUA